ACGCCCUGCCCCGCGCGCGACAGCGACGCCGGGGAGCGGAGGCAGGCGGGGCCGCGGCCUCUAGCCUACAGCUACAGCUAUACUAGACCCAAGGAAAGAGGCUGCCUACGCAUGCACGCCACCGCGCUCCAUUGGCCACCCCGUUCCCAUCGCGCCGAUCCAUUCCUUGGAUUAAACAACUCGCCAUGCGGGUGCGCGUCCUCCCUCCCUUGAGCUAAGCCUCCGCCGCUUCCGCUGCUAGCUGCCUGCUUCUUCUCCUGCGCAGCCAGCCUUCUACUUCUUCUUCUUCUUCCGCGGCUGGGGAGGAAGAGCAAUCGAAUCGAUCUCGUGAGGCAUGGAAGGCGAGGACGACGGCGGGGACUGGCUGAUGCCUUCGGCCGGCGGCGGCGGCGGCAACAAGGGCGGCGGGAAAGACUGCUGCAACAAGAAGCGGUUCAGCGAGGAGCAGAUCAAGUCGCUGGAGUCCAUGUUCUCGACGCAGGCCAAGCUGGAGCCCCGGCAGAAGCUGCAGCUGGCGCGGGAGCUGGGCCUGCAGCCCCGGCAGGUCGCCAUCUGGUUCCAGAACAAGCGCGCCCGCUGGAAGUCCAAGCAGCUCGAGCGCCAGUACGCCGCACUCCGCGACGACUACGACGCGCUCCUCCUGAGCUACGAAUCACUCAAGAAGGACAAGCUCGCCCUCCUCGACCAGCUGGAGAAGCUGACGGAGAUGCUGCGGGAGCCGGGAGGGGGCAAGUACGGUGGUAAUGCCGGGGAAAGCGCUGGGAUGAAGGAGGAGCUGGUCGUCGAUGACGGCGGGGCCAAGCUCUAUAAUAACUCGGUCUCCGAGCAGGGCUGCAAGCUCUCCCUCUUCGGCGACGACGACGACGCAGGCCUGUUCCUCCGGCCCGCCGCGUCGCAGCCGGCCCACGACGGCGGCGGGUUCACGGCGUCGGGGCCGGCCGAGUACCAGCAGCACUCGUCGUCGUCGUCGUUCCCGUUCCACUCCAGCUGGCCGUCGACCACCACGGAGAACAUGACCACCUGCAGCAGCUCCCAAUGGUGGGAAUUCGAGUCCCUCAGCGAGUGAUCGGCGAUCAUAUAUGCCACGACCCGACCGACGAUCAGCAAGAGAGAUCCAACGACUCGAUCAGAUUACUCAGCGAAGCACUGCCAAAUCCGUGGAAAAGAAGACGCAACCAUGCAAUUCCGUGGAGAAGAAGACGCAAUCGUGUACAUAGCUUAAUUAUCUCUUCCGUAGAUCGAAGCCCCAGCUGGCAAAAAAAAUUCUCCCUUCUCUUCCUCUUUAUUUGUUCGAUUGUUAAUUACUACGUAUAGUACCCCUACCGCACAGUGUAAUCCAGGAACACCUAGACAAAACCAAAACUUAUAGAGAUCGGUCUUCACAUGCAACUGCCUAGCGUGUUCUCUCUUGUUCAUCCGUCAGUGGAGUUCAGUUUCUCUUUGCCAUCA